AGUGAAACGGUAAGCUUCAUACGAGUAACGUUGAUACAUGACUGAUUUUGAUAACUUCGUAGAUAACAUAAUUAAUUUUUGAUAAAAAAUACUUCUGAAAAUCGAUUUCAAGGAACAGAAAUGAUGGAAGUGCAAAUGAAAGCGGACGAGCAGGAAACAGCUGUAGCGAAAAAGAAUUUGGACCUUGGAAAAUCGAACGAAUAUUCGCCAAAUGAAACGCUAUCUUCAAUUGAAAACAUCGACAAAUUAACGACGAUUCAAACCUUCUACGUAAAUCAAUGUCUUUUUAUAACCGGCGGUACAGGUUUUAUGGGAAAAAUGUUGAUUGAAAAAUUAUUACGUGGAUGCCCUGGCAUAAAAUGCAUUUACGUUUUGAUUCGUAGGAAAAAAGAUAAAAGUGUUACUAAACGAAUAGAAGACAUUGUCGAAAAUUCGUUAUUUAACACGCUGAGGAAGCAGCAGCCAGGAUUCCAAAAUCGCAUUGUAGCGAUCGAGGGUGACUGUAGUUUGCCGAAUCUAGGUAUUUCGAUAACCGAUAGAGCUAAACUGAUACGAGACGUCUCUAUUGUUUUUCACGUUGCCGCUACUGUGCGAUUCAACGAGAAAAUUAAAUUGGCGGCAGCUAUUAACGUUCAAAGUCUGAAGGAUUUGAUACACUUGUCUAAGGAAAUGUCGAAACUAAAGAGUUUCGUCCAUGUAUCAACGGCUUAUGUCAAUUGUAUUGAAAAUCAGGUCGAGGAGAAAUUUUAUGAUCCACCGAUGAAUGCCGAAAAAUUCAUCGAUUUGAUGGAAUCUAUGGAUGAGAAAUUGCUCGAUGAAAUUACACCGCACUUACUUGGAAUAUGGCCGAAUACAUAUAUUUAUACGAAAUCAAUCGCCGAGAAUAUCAUAAAAAGAUAUGCUGGCUUAAUACCCAUUGGAAUAUUUCGUCCAGGAAUCGUGUUACCAACGUAUAUAGAACCUACACAAGGAUGGACCGAUAAUAUGAACGGCAUAGUGGGAGUUUCAGCAGGUGCAGCAGUGGGAAUAAUACGAACUCAUCUUUGCGAUGAAUCGCUAAAUGUAAACAUUAUACCCGGAGAUUUGACAACUAAUGCGCUAAUCGUUAGUGCCUGGGACAUAGCGAAGAAUCGAAGAUCCAUCGAAGAAAUUCCUAUUUAUAAUUACACAUCUACGGAUAAUCCAAUCACUUAUAAGGAAUUAAGAAAAAUGUCGAGGAAGAAACUUGAAUUAUUACCGACUAACGAAGCAAUUUGGUACAUAAGCUUUUGGAAUACAAAAUAUCGACCAAUUUAUCUUAUCUACAUGUAUUUUCUACAUAUACUACCGGCUAUUAUAAUCGAUACGAUUUCGUUAUGUAUAGGUAAAAAGCCAAGGUUAUUCAAAAUAUAUAAAAAAAUUGAUACAAUGUCGAAUAUAGUGAAUUAUUUUACUUCUACCAAAUUGAACUUUACUAAUAAAAGAUGGAACGAACUGUUAAGUAAGUUAACGACGGAAGAUCGCAAAUUUUUCUCUUGUGAUAUAAAGAAUCUCAUUUGGGACACAUACUUUGAAAGUUACGUUCUAGGCAUAAGAAUGUACAUCUUAAAGGAUCCCAUUGAAACGCUUCCACAAGCUCGUAUAAAAUGGCGAAGGCUUUACUGGGCCUAUCAAGGAUUCAAACUUUUUAUAGCCUGUAUUUUUUUGUGAUCAUAUGGGCUAUUUUAUUGAGCGUUCCCGGACUAUUUCUAACGUUACCAUCUUCAUGAAGUAAGCAAGAUUAUCAAAGAAAAUGUAGGAGGAAUAAUAAUAAUUUACUCUUUCAUCAUAAUGUAAGUCAAUUAUUUCUUUUAUAAUAAGGGAUCUUUCUUAAACGGUUUGGUGAAACGUAAUGAUACUUUUGGUACGGAUUAUGGAUAUUUUAGUGAAUUUUUAUCUAUAAAAUUUGAUCUUUUAGCAGGUUUGAUCUUUUUUGCGUCAUUUUGAAAGUUUGGUACUCUUUUACUCCUCUUGAUGGCGCCCAUCUGCCGCAGUUCGCAAAUUGAUGCAAAGAAAAGAAAUAGAUAUAAAUUUCAAACGAAUUCUCAAUCUUUGCGAAUGUUGCUAUUGAAAUGUACGUUGUGCAAAAUGCACGAAAUAACAAAUGUACGAGAAGUGGAUUUAAAAAAUUCUAUUGUUCUCUGAAAAAUCAAAUAUCGAUUUUUUCAAUAGUUUGCUGACUUUCAAAUAACAAAUCUUUGACAUGAUUGUUAAUAAGAGACGAAUAAUGAAAGAAGCAGGAAAUAAAGAAGAUAUAUUUAUUAUC